AAAAAACAAAGUUUCAUAAGGUCAGCGUGAGUUCUACCACAGUCUAACUGCUGGAAUGUUAUGACUUCAAGCGUUUUUGUUUCUUCUUGUCGUUUUAAUAUAUAAAAGGCACGUCACAUGGCCAUGUCGGCCGUGGAAGUGCCAAAGGGAAGUUGGGAAACGGACUUAUGUUAAGAGAAGGUCAGAAAUAAAAAGAAAGCUGCUCUUUAUGGUGCGACAGCAGCAGCAGCGGUACAGGAAUGUGGAGGAUGCUGAGUGUCCACCUGAUCUACUGCCGAACGCCCGAGGGAUGGGAUGGGGAGGGGGGAGGAGGAAGAGAAGGAGGAGGAAGCUCCCCAGACUCACUCCACUCCACUCCGGCUGCCAUCACACGGCUCGGCUCUGCUCUGCUCAGCUCAGGAGGGGAGGCGAGAGCAUCCUCAGGGAAAUCCGCAGCAGACAUGUUCACCACAGCAGCCGCACACGCAUUUUCUUAAAGCUCAGAUGAUCCGCCAACUGCGUGCGUUUUUUGUUAUUCUCGAAAGGAAGCCGGAGAAGAGGCGACCGACGCGCCGCAUCUGUGGAGGAAAGAACCAAGGCGAUAACAACAUCAGGCCAGGUCAUCGCUCGGUACCUCGGUUCUUGUGACUCACGGGGCCUUGAUCUUGAUCUGAAGCUCUGACACGCCUCACAACCGCCGCCGUCGUCCCUUCGUUUGGUGUCACUUCCAGUUCAGCUAAAAGGAUGGAAAUAAGAGAAUGACUGAGGGUUAAAGGAACGCAAUAAAUCCAACCAGCCGCCUGCUAUCAAGUGGAUACUAUGGACUGACCGGUCAACCACAUCGCCCUGGCUUUAAUCCACAGUUGACCAUGGUGUUGUUUCUUGUCGGGAUUUCUAUUGCCGUGAACACUACUUCUCCUGGGAACCAAACUGCAGAAAACCCGGCCCAUAAUGGAGCUCACGUUCUGCCCUCGACGCUGAUCAUAUCCCUGCUCCUCAUCAUCAUUGUCCUGCUGACCAUCUACUGUCUGAGGUUCAAAAACCACAGGAAAGCUCUAGUUACCUCCGUGGAUAAAAAGAUUCCCAAUGGCUUCUUGGAAGAACAAGGAGAGCAGACAGUGGUCCUUCUCCCCAGAUCCCCCUCACCAUCCAAGAGGUACUUCCCCAUCCCUCUGGACUCACUGGAGGAGGAAUACCGGAUCCGCUCUGCAGAUGACGGCAAGCUCUUCAGAGAAGAGUUCAAUUCGCUGCCAUGUUACUACCACCAUGGGUCCUUUGAGGAGGCGAGCAGAGAGCACAACAGAGAGAAAAACAGAUACCCAAACAUUUUACCAUACGAUCACUCGCGGGUGGUGCUGAGUCACCUGGACGGCCAUCUCUGCUCCGACUACAUAAACGCCUCAUACAUUGAUGGUUAUAAAGAGAAGAACAAGUUCAUCGCAGCUCAAGGCCCCAAACUGGAGACGGUGGCUGACUUCUGGAGGAUGAUCUGGGAACAGAAAACAGCAACGAUAGUGAUGCUGACGAACCUUAAAGAAAGGAAGGAGGAUAAAUGUUACCAGUACUGGCCAGAGAAAGGCUGCUGGAUGUAUGGGAAUGUCCGUGUGGCCAUGGAGGACUUGACUGUGUUAGUGGACUACACUGUCAGAAAGUUCUGUGUUCAGCAUCAGGGCAGCGAUGGUCUCCGACCUCCUCGACUGGUCACUCAGCUCCACUUCACCAGCUGGCCUGACUUCGGGGUACCGUUCUCACCCAUCGGCAUGCUGAAGUUCCUCAAGAAGGUCAAGGCUGUCAAUCCCACCUAUGCUGGACCCAUUGUUAUCCACUGCAGUGCUGGGGUGGGGAGGACCGGGACGUUCAUUGUCAUUGACAGCAUGAUCGACAUGAUGCACAUGGACCAGAGGGUGGAUGUCUUCGGCUUUGUGAGCAGAAUACGAGAGCAGCGCUGUCAACUCAUCCAGACAGAUAUGCAGUACUCCUUCAUCUACCAGGCUCUGCUGGAGUACUAUCUGUAUGGAGACACAGAGCUGGAUGUGUGCUCUCUGGAGGGCCAUCUGCAGAGGCUUCACAACACGAGGGCGCCUCACGACAGGCUGGGCCUGGAGGAGGAGUUCAGGAAGCUGACCAACGUUCGCAUAAUGAAGGAGAACAUGAGGACCGGAAACCUCCCGGCCAACAUGAAGAAGAACCGCGUGCUUCAAAUAAUCCCAUAUGAUUUCAACAGAGUAAUACUCUCCGUGAAAAGAGGACAGGAGUUCACCGACUACAUUAAUGCCUCUUUUAUUGAUGGCUACAGGCAGAAGGACUAUUUUAUCGCAACCCAGGGCCCGCUGUCUCACACAGUGGAGGACUUCUGGAGGAUGGUGUGGGAGUGGAGGUGCCAUUCAAUCGUUAUGCUCACCGAGCUCAAAGAGAGGGAGCAGGAAAAGUGCUUCCAGUAUUGGCCAUCAGAGGGCAGUACAACAUUUGGAGAUUAUACUGUGGAGUUGACUGGAGAUUCACAGUGUGAAACCUUCACCCUCAAAGACAUGGUGCUCUCCUACAAAUCAGAAAAGCAGUCGCAACACGUCCGGCACUUCCACUUCCACGGAUGGCCUGAAAUUGGAAUACCAGCUGAGGGAAGAGGAAUGAUUGACAUUAUUGCCGCUGUGCAGAGGCAGCAGCAGCAGUCGGGAAACCGCCCCAUAAUUGUGCACUGCAGUGCUGGCGCAGGUCGGACGGGAACGUUCAUCGCUCUGAGCAAUAUACUGGAAAGAGUGAAAGCCGAGGGCCUUCUGGACGUUUUUCAGACGGUCAAGAGUUUACGCAUGCAGAGACCACAUAUGGUUCAGACCGUGGAGCAGUACGACUUCUGCUACAGGGUGGUUCAAGAUUUCGUUGACAUUUUCUCCGACUACGCCAAUUUUAAAUAACACCCAAUAUAUAUAUAAUAAUAACUCCUUAUGGGUUAGUUCAUUUGAUUAGAUUUUUUCUUCAGAAUGUUGUUUUAUAACGCUAGCCUCUUUGUACAUUUUGCACAGAUCUAAAAAACAACAACAACAAAAAACGAGCUUUGUAACAUCAUGUAUUAUAAUUGGAAAUGAAACUCUGAGUCUCUUACUUGAAUGUUUGACUUUCUAAUAUAAAACUGUAAAAUAAAAUGAGCCGAUAUAUUUUGUGUUGGCAACACAGGUGAGUGUAAAUGUGAGAGGAAAUAUUUGGUAGACUUUUUUUGGUGUCACUGCUCUCUUCUCCUAUCGACCUAAUUGCCUUUAGUUUUAAUUACCGCACGCUUCGUUAACCUACGUCAUCGUUAUCAGAGUGAUACAUUUCAGCGUUUAGUCACUGGGUUUCAAUAGAUUUAUGCUUUGACAGCGGAGCCUCUCCUUUAAGCCUGUUUAUAUAGCAGUUGUGUUUUACCUUCAGUCUAAUGUGUUCCGUUCGAUCUCCUCACUUUUGUGAAUGAAUAAUUCAACAGCUGCUCCUCCCUGCUGCAAGUUAAUACAACUUCACUCUGUCUUUUUUUUUAUCAUAAUAGUCUGCAAAAUACAGGCAGAUUAAAAAAAAGUAUAAAAUCUUUAAUACCUGCAGUUAGAAGCAUAUCUACAGUGGAGCAGUGCCAUAGUGAUUAGAAAACUCUUCUGAUCCAGACGUUAUUGUCACCGAGUGACACGUGUUUAUUAGGGACAUGUUGUGUUUUGUUUAGAUAUUAUUAAGGGAUCCAUGUUUAAAGGGCACACUGUUUCCACCUGUGGUUUCUGGCCGUGUCCUUGUUUGGAACAACAGCUCCAAACAACUUCUCCUCGUACAACAAACGUGCGAUGACUUCGGUUUGUAAUUAAGUUGGAAAUCAGGGUUUAAAUGAAACAAUUAAUCACUGCUGAACUCCGCUCGUCUCCGAUUACUGAGAUGGAAAAAAAAAAAAAAAAAAAUUCUGGGACAGUGAAAGUUAUUCAGAACACAGGAAUCGAUGCUGAGCCAUAAUUACAAAAUAUGCACGCAGGUAUUUGGACACUAUGACUAUUUGGCCGGAGUCGUUUCAUAUGUAGAGGAGGAAGGAAUAGUUAUACAUACAUGAUCAUUUUAUGUUCAAUCUCUGUACAUACGUUGGGGUGGAUGACGUAGCCGAGGUUGACCGUUACGUCGACUCAUUUUUAUCGCUUUUAUCGCUCUGCUGAAAGGGAAAAGGUUUGUGACGACGAGGCCUUGCAGCAGAUGUAGAAAUGUGCGAGCGUCAGGUUUCAACGGUGCUUCCGCCUUCUGACUCAGUACAUUUAAACAGUUGUUCCUUUGCUUAAAGCUGAUACCAAUAAAUUAUACAUGAAGAAGAAA